AAUAAAAUCUGUAAACGAUUUAAAUAUUUCGCAAACGAAAAAAACAUGUGGAAAGUACUCAUCAUUCGCGCUUGAUACAUAACGUCUAGGUUGUUUAGAUAUCCAGUCAUAUUUUUAGUGAAAAUAAUUACCCAAAACGCCACCAUAUAUAAUGUCAAUGAAUAAGUUCAUGCAUCCAAGAAACAUCUACCGUCAACCACCGGAUUUUCAAGAUCUAGUCCGACAGUAUCCGGAGUUGAAUGAAGUCGUUACCGUCGACCUGAAUGGACGUUUAAAGUUAGAUUACAAAAACAAAACCGCCCUCCAAUUGCUAUCACGUUGUCUAUUGAAGCGGGACUUUGGCAUAGACAUUGAAAUACCUCCAGAUAAACUAAUCCCAACAUUACCGUUACGAUUAAAUUACGUUCUUUGGUUGGAAGAUUUUGAAACCGCGUUCCGGUUGAAGCUCGACAAAAAAGAACUGAGAGGGCUCGACAUUGGAUGUGGAGCAUCUUGUAUCUAUCCUCUUUUGUGUGUGAGUAGGUCGAAGCACUGUUGGAAAAUGGUUGGUCUCGAGCAGGCGGUAGACAGCGUGCGGUAUGCAAGAGCGAAUGUAGAAAGGAAUGGACUAACCGGAUGUAUUGAGAUUGUACAGCAGAAUAGGAACGAAUCAACUGUACUAAGGGAUUUUUUUGAAAGCAGAAGUAAUGAUAAGUUUGACUUCUGUAUGUGCAAUCCACCAUUUUACGAUGACGAUGGUAUGGAGCGACAAAAUCGGACUGGUAGACGAAAAGAGGCAUCUAAUGCUAGCAGCGGUUCACGCGAGGAACUACACGUGGAAGGCGGUGAAGUUGGUUUCGUGAAAAAAAUUAUAGAAGAGAGUUUGGAGCUUAAAGAGCAUGUUAACAUCUACACUUCGAUGAUUGGUCAUAAACGAAAUUUUGAGGAAAUUCUUCGAAUAUUGAAAGGCCACUGCAUAACAAAUGUUACGACUACAAGGUUUUGCCAGGGGAAUACUACGCGAUGGGGUGUAGCUUGGAGUUUUUCAAAAACUUUCAUUCUUUCCCAAGUUCCUGACCAAUUCGAACAAAAAACUAUAAGUAAAAAACUGCUUGGAAAGCCUUUAGAAGGUCGAAUAUUAACAGUCAAUGAAACGGUUUCCAUGGAGGAUGCUCAAAGCAGGCUCAUGCAAGUGCUGUCUACGCUAGAUCUUCAAAUUCAACCUCUAGACGGAUCUGGUGUGGACACGUGGGUGCUUAUAGCUCUAGAGAACACCUGGUCCCAUCAGCGCAGAAGAAGACGCGAAGGUCAGAGAAAACUUAGCCCUGGCAGUGAAAACCAUCAUAACAAGCGGCGCGAGGAGAAAGAGUCUACUUGUGGAACACCGUCCAAGCGACCGAAAACAGACAAUUGUAAUACCGAGCCUGUCGUCAGAGCUGCAUUUCGUUUGAUACAAAAACCAAACGAUGGUUAUUACUUCACUCUAAGUUACCUGGGUGGAAGUGCGGGAAAAGAUGCAUUGAAUCAGAUACUGCAGUAUGUUAAAAAUGCUUUAAAAAAGGUUGACCAAUAAAUUAUUCUUUUG